AUCACAAGAGCCGCACAGGAGAACUCUUGCACUGGGAGCCCCGCCGUGACAACACAACACACAGGCCAGCAUUCAGGAGCAGGAUGGCCAACUUCAAGGGACAUGCAUUACCUGGUACAUUCUUCCUGCUGUUUGGCCUGUGGUGGUCGAUAAAAUGCCCUUUCCGACAAAUACUGAGGAGAAAAGAGAGACAAGUUGGAGACAGAGAGAGACAAAAGCUCACCGCACUCUUUAACCGCAUUGACUUAAUCGAAGGAUCGCUCAAGAUCUUCUUUGCAUUUGUUGGCAUUAUGGCUGAGCAGUUUGUUCCCGAUGGCCCUCAUGCACACUUGUAUCAGGACGGUUGGGUGAAGCUGAUGAACUGGCAGCACAGCACCAUGUACUUGUUCUAUGGCAUCUCUGGCAUUGCAGAUGUUCUCAGUGUAUCUUCACACCACGUGCCGGUUGGUCUUGACCGUCUCUUCCUUUCCUUGGCUCUCUUUGUUGAAGGCUUCCUUUUCUACUUCCACAUCCACAAUCGUGAACCUCUGGACCAGCACAUUCACUCACUGCUUCUGUUUGCUGUAUUUGGUGGAUCUGCCAGCACAAUGAUGGAGGUGUUUAAGCGAGAAAACGCAGUGCUGGAGCUUUUGAGAUGCACUCUGGCCAUCCUACAAGGCACAUGGUUCUACCAGAUCGGGUUUGUGCUGUAUCCUCUGAGUGGACCAGAGUGGGAUCUGACAAGGCAUGACAACAUCAUGUUUAUCACUAUGUGCUUCUGCUGGCAUCUGGCUGUGGCGCUGCUGAUUGUGGGCAUCUGCUACUGUGGAGUGUUUUGGACUUCAAAAUGGUGUCAAAGAAGGCAGAGGGGUGACAUGGAGAUGGGUCUCAGAAAGAGCACUUCCACCGACUCCAGCUCCCAAAAGGCUUUGCUUCAGGAAUCAGAUGAAGAGUAGUGGAAACCUUUCAUGGCUGCCAAAAAUGAAGGCACUGAAUGCAGAUCUUUUAGCUCGUUACUCUGCUAACACACUCCUACAGGACUUUAUGAGUUUAUGUUUGCGAUCAUUUCACUGCAAAAGAUUCAGAAGAUUUUCAUGUGCUUGUGCUAAAAGGAUUACACUGAAAUGGACUUGUAAAUAAUGUGGUAGUGACAAAUGUCAAACGAUUUCCAAUCUUGAAAUUAUAUUGUGGUUUCAUGAUAGUCUUUUAAAUAUAGUAAUAGUCUCAAACAAGAAUGAGAUUCACUCCAAAACAGCUAUGAUAGAUGUAUGAGAUAUUCAACAGUGAAAUUAAAGUAAGGAAUAUGUAUAUAUCUACAUUUAUAUGAAUGUAUAAUUGUUUGUUGUUAGAACUGAACAAGCAGUUUGAUUAAUGUUACUUGCCACAACAUGCAAAUCACGUGGCUCAAAGCAGGCAAAUUAUUUGUUUUACAUUUACAGCAUUCAAGUACAGGAUUAAGCCCUGUAUUCCAGUGUGCCAUGUCAUUUGGUUGACUUCACGUAACAGUUGUCAUUUGAUUAUCACGAUCAUUUAUUUAUCACAAUGCAAUAUUACUACCGAACACAGUACUUGUUAAAUUACAUUUUUUUAGAAGAUAAGAUAUAGAAAGCACAAAUAAACAUCAAACAAAACCUG